GAAGAACUACGGCUACAGAGACAGCCGAGAGAGUGGUGGAUACAGAGACAUCAGGGAGCAAGACAAGAAGGGAGGCAGCUGGGACAGCAGUGGAUACAGAGACAGCCAGGAGUGUGGUGAUUUCAGAGACAGCUUGGAGAGGGGUAGAUACAGAGACAGACCGGAGAGAUACACAGAGAGACAGCUUGGAGAGCUGCAGAUACAGGAAAAAGGACAUAGCGUAGUGAUUGAAGGCUGUGAGUGCCAGAGAGAGAAGGGUACACUCAGUGCCAGAGAGAGAGAGAAGAGUACACUCAGUGCCAGAGAGAGAGGGGGGGGUACACUGAGUGCCAGAGAGAGCAAAGGGUACACUGAGUGCCAGAGAGAGAGAAGAAGCGAAGGGUACACUGAAUGCUCUGUAGAUACUGAGGCAGAGGAGUGUUAUAGUGUCACAGCCUGCGAGACUAUCUAAUGUCCUGUGAUUCCCUGAGACUCUCACUGAGCACACGUGAGACGUUUAUAGCUCUCUAAUAGCAAGCCUUGACCUAACACCAGGUGAUAUUGCCCUACUGGGGAGGAAUAAUGAAGGGAUUGUGAUAGGGCAUCGUGACACUGAUUUUGAGGAUAGUAACAUGUCAUCGCAUCGAUUCCCCUUCUCGUCCUGCGCUUUGCGUUCCCUUGCAUUAGAGGCAGAGCAGCUGGAGAGGUGGGAAAUCCGCAAGAAACUAAAAUGUCGUCCAUUGAGAUCCCUGCAGCAGAGAGAGGGGGUCCCAAGAACUCCAUGCCGCCCCCCACUGCUGUGCACGGACCCCAUAGUGCACCAGGCUAUAUUCAGCGGGGACCUGGAAGCUCUGAAAAGCUUCAUUGGAGGAAGAUGUCCUGCAGAGCUACUGAUCCCGAACCGGAGCCAUGAACUGCGUUGGAGCAGUCAGCGAACUGGAAUCUGGUCGCUGACCUAUGAGGAGGAGUUCACCUGCCCGCUGUACGUCACAGCGACUCGAGGGUACGCAGAAUGCCUCCAGUUACUGCUCAGAGAAGGGGCAGAUGUGGAGUUUGCCCCAGGUGGGGAGAGUGCUCUGCAUGGUGCUUGUGAGAACGCACAGCCCAAGUGUGCAGAGAUCCUGCUGAGAUACGGAGCCAAUCCCAACUCGCGCUCCGAGGAGGGAACGUUUCCGCUACACCGCUGCACGACCCACCAGUCCUACCCAUGUUCCAAGCUCCUGCUGCAGUAUGGCGCCCACGUGAACAGUCAGAGUGAAGACGAGGAAGAAACACCGCUACACGUGGCUUCUCGGCACGGGAUGUGGGAACACGUGGACCUUUACCUGCGCUACGGGGCCGCCGUAAAUAAGAAGAAUGUAAAUGGAGAAACCCCACUGUGUGCCGCCUGCGGCCAACCCCAGAGCCCACAGGAACUGGAGCAAUACUUCCAGGUUUGCCGGCGGCUCAUAGAAAGCGGAGCAGACAUUCAUGCCGGUGACCGCGACCAGCAGACCCCGCUGCAUGUGGCCUGCAAGAGCGCCAACCCCCAGGUGGUGGAACUGCUGCUGGAACAUGGAGCUGAAGUGAACAUUAUGAGCUACAGCGGCAACACAGCCAUGCACAACAUCCUGCAGACCAUCGCGUACAAGCUGCAGCACCAGCCAGAGAUCAUCGUACGAGCGCUUCUCAACCACGGGGCAAUUCGCGUGUGGCCAGGGGCUCUAAUAAAGGUCCUGCGAUACUGCUACUCGUCCCCUCGGACAGUGGAGGCUUUGCUAAACACGUACAGCCAAGUGCGGGUGACAGAAGAGUGGGCUGAGGUUGUACCAAAGGAGGAACAACAGAAACACUUGAGGUUCUUCGAGUCCGUCUUCUCGCUGUCAGAGAGACCACGUUCCCUGCAGCAUCUCUGCCGCUGCGCCCUGCGUUCCUACCUGGAGGGGAGACUCCCGCAGACGCUGCCCAACCUUCCCCUUCCACCUCCACUCCGUCAGUUCCUGCAGCUUCGGUUUGAGGACGUCCUCUACUAAUACUCUGUGGCCACGCAGUCACCUCAGAAGGAACAUUAACCCCGAACUGACAUCACUUGGGAAACUCACCCUAUUCUGCCCCACAAGAGAUACUCACUCUGUUUUGCCCCACAAGAGACACUCACCCUGUUUUGCCACUGAACACUGCCAUUAAUUCCACACAGGGCACUCAUCAAUUGUUCACAAACUUUCCAAAAUCUACAAUUUUGUUUAUACUGAAAUUUUUUUACCGCUUUCUGUGGUUUAUUUGCUGGUUUUAUACAUUUCCGUCCGGGGUAAUAAAAUAUAAAAUCCGGCAUAAUGCGCUCUUUUCAUGUCGUUCAGUAUGAAACACCUUCAAUAAAUAAAGCUACAGGUCUCACGAC